AUGGCACCAUCAGAAGCCAAGAAGUCCGACGAAUACUCAUCCGACAUUCAGCUUGACACAGUCACUGAAGAACGCGGCUAUCAUUCCCGAAAUAGGGAAGGAGAGAUACAGCGGCCUGAUAUUGUUGAUGAUAUUUGCCGGGGCCUACUGGUCCAGUCCCGCAUUGACCGGAUCGUCCACGGCACUGAGACUAAGGAUGGGGAACCAGCAACUCUCAUUGUAUUCGGAUUCCGUUUUCACGGCUUGGGGAAGAAACGCCGCUUCAGAGAAGCUACUAUUAAUAUCCUGUUCCAGGACGCAGACAAGGUGGAAGAAAAUGACCCAAUUGUAGCCACACUCUGGCCUAAUGGCGACUUUACUUUAGGCAAGCCAACCGACAUUGAGAUUGAAAAGACAAGAGGGUCGGAGGUUGGCGGUAAUGUCGGCGCAGCCUACGGAGGCGCCAACGGAAACCGCACUUGGCAACGAAGGAAAAAUUACAAUGUGACGGACCGUGCAAGCCUGACCGGGUCAGUAUUGCUUGACACAGAUGUACGAGACUGGGGCCCUCCCAAUACUGUCCGUCUGACUCUACAUGAGGACGAGACUGCAGGCUCCGGCAUAGUCACUGAUCUACGGGCGGCUGUGCUUUUGAUUCGGCAGAAUGACAACUAUAAAUUCACUGCCAAGGUCACUAUCGAUGCCAAGGCAGACUUCAACUACAACUUCGCGAAGGGUGUACGGGAUCUUAUCGGACUUUCGCCCGCAAACGACUUGGUCCUCUUUAACCCAGGGACAAAGGAGUGGAGACGGAGGCGAGGGCUAGCCCGAUACUUGGAGGACAAGCUUGCCGAGGAUGUAGACGUGCAGAAUCUCAACAGUAAAAGUCUUGAUGAACUGGCAGGAGUUCUCGGUACCACGGUAUUGGCUGCAGAAGCGACGGAGUAG